UAGUUUGCAUCAUAAUGGGCCCCUUUUUCGUGAAUAUUUUAAUAUAUUUUACAACAUACCUCAUUAAAGUAAUAUUUUAGGUGGUACCUUUCUUAGUCAGUGAUGUUUAGUGUAAUAGGUGCUACUAGUAUCUUUUGUAUGUAUUCUGUUCUGUUAUUUGACCACACACAUACAUACCAUGUGGUGUAUUAUAUUUUUUGCAUUAUGUCUUUUGGACAACAUAUGACAAUUUAUGGCUGUAUAGUGACUUUUUGGAUGCAUGUCAGGGAAUACUCCUGACAUAUAACUUAUAUGACAUAUGACUUAUAGAAGGAACAAGGUUUACACAUACAUUGAGGUUCUGUUUUCUUCUGCAUUAUGCAAUUUUUGUCAGAGUUUUCAAUAUUGUUUUAUGGAAAUACAAUUUCAGUCUCUAGAGCUAUUCUUGCCAUCAAAGAUACCACAAUUCUUAUGAAAUGUAAUUAAACACCAUUCUAAAUCAGUUGGGUCCACCAAAAUUAUUGAUCUGACAUACAGAAAAGGGCAUGGCUCCAUAAUAAACUAUGAGAGAGUAAGAAAAUAAAAGCCCGCGCUCCUCCUCCACCAGUACGGUCUACUAGCAAACCACGUAUGGAGCACAUGUCAUCUUCAGAGUCAGAGGGAACAGGAAACCAAAACUCAGAAGAGUCUAAAGAAAAUCUGCUUCAUAAGAAGGUGGAUCUCACAAUAUGUUUACCAGAUGGGCAGGAAAAAACUGUGACUGUUGAUGGAAGUAAAGCAGUGAUGGACUUUCUGGUGGAUCUGUGCAGUCAUCAUCACUUGAAUCCUGCUCAACAUAUUCUUGAGGUGCACUCCGGAGUGUCACAGCAACCCUUGACUUUAAGGCCAAAUACUCUCAUUGGAACUUUAGAUGUAGAAACUAUUUUUCUGAAGGAGAAAGUCCCAGAAGUGAAAGUUCGAAAGGCACCUCCGAAGAUUCCUGAGAAAACUGUUCGGCUUGUUGUCAAUUUCCUUGGUACGCAGAAAGCUGUUGUGAGAGUCAAUCCUGCUGUGCCCUUGCGGAACAUCCUUCCAGCUGUGUGCGAGAAAUGCGAACUUAACCAUGAGAAUGUGACUCUAUUAAGAGAUGCAAUCAGCAGAGAAGAGCUAGACAUGUCCCGAUCACUGAAUGAGCUAGGUAUUAAAGAGCUCUAUGCCUGGAGCAGCAAACAAGAAAAGAAUCGGAACCUUUCCUCAAACAGUGACACAGCAGAAAAGGAGAAAAAAGGAAUUUUGGGUUUUUUCCGAAGCUAUAAGAAAGGACACAAGAAUGAGGGAAGCAUAGGAAAUGUUGAUAGUGAUGAUUAUGAGGAGGUUUUCAGAACUUCAUCAAAAAGUGGUAACAGAUGUGAGGGCUUUUCAACUGCUCCAAGCUCCCCAUCUGUAAAUGCACGUUCUAUUGCACUUGGUGCAUCAUUGUCACUUAGUAACAUUUCUGGGAUUGGUCAUAGCACUGAAGUGAAAAAACGUAGAGCACCUCCUCCUCCAAGACCUGCUGCUCCAAAAGUUCCUGUUGAGAAAACUGAAGACAUGUCAACUGAGCCGCUAUAUGCUACAGUUCAAAAAGAACAGCAGAAAAAGAAAAGAAGAGCCCCACCUCCACCAACUGGUCAGAUGCCAAAUGAGAAACAUGAAAGUUUAGAAAACAGGAAAAGUACUACUGGUAAUGGACGGCAGGUACCACAAAAGCCCCCAAGAGGAAACUCCCGAAGCCCACCCCAGUUUAUGAUACCCCCACCCCCUUCCUACCCUCCUCCUGAUAAUAACAUUGAGGACCCACCAGUCUUUGAAAAUGGAGCUACUGUAACAGGACCAACUAGACCCAUACCUGCUAAACGUGAAAAACACUUAAUUCGAUGCAACAGUGUCUCAUCAGAGGAAAUUUUGACAACUGAUGAUGCUGGAUCUGUAAAUAGUUACACAGAAGAUUCAGGCAUUGUGAGCUCUCCAUCAAACAGCACCUCUCUAGAUUUGCAAAACUGUAGCAGCAAAACAAGAGAUAAAGCUGAGAAUCAAGCAAAUGAAUGCAAGCCAUCUCCUAACAAAUUGCAGCCUGUCAGAGCUGAAUCCUUCAAUAGUGAAGAUUCAUGGAGCCUAACUACAAGUUCUAUCAGAGCGGAAGAUGAAGUGUCUCUAGUUAAAAAUGGAGAGGAAGAGAAUUUUAUAGCGGCACAAUUUCAGCAGACACUGGCAGAGCUUGAUGAAGACUCAGAAGAUAUGGAUGAUGGAGACAUUGGAGAGAGCAGUCAUAUUGGAACUAGAACAAGUCCUGUAGGUGAAGAAUCAAGUCACUAUAAAGACUCCAGUGAACAUAGUGCUGCUGUUCCUGUGACCAUUAUAGAUGAGGUUCCUGAACUGAACACUUUAAAGUACAAUCCACACAACAUCACACCAGUGAAAGAAUACAAUAAAAUGGAACAAUCUUCUGCCACUGGUAACAGCCAGAGUAUUGGUGAACGACCAGAAGUAGAACAAACUGAAAAUACAAAUAGUAUAGUGUACAAAACACACAGAUCUAUUUUACAAGAAGGAAAUUCUAUGGAAUAUUACAGUACAUCAGAUAAAUCUAUAAAUGACUAUAGUAUCAAUAUACCUCAAAAGCAAUAUAUAAUUAAAGAGAAUCUGUCUUCCAAUAUAGUAAUACCUGCUACCUCCAUCCAAGCAUCACAAGAAACCAGACCAGCAAAAGAAAGAAUUGACAUAAUGCCAGAGUAUAAGGAGAAAAUAGUAAUGAAAGAAAGCCCUGUUUUAAAUAAUAUUUAUAAGACAGGUGAGCCCACUAAACCAGUACUAUGGCGACAACAAACAUAUGAACCAAAAGUAGGCAUGACUACUUUUACAGUUGUUCCACCUAAACCAGAUAUAAAAAAAUAUGACAGAGCGGUUUCCCUUUCAGCUACUGCCAUUAAGAUAGAUGACCAAGGGAAUCUAAUAAGCCCCCAGUCUUUGUUUGACAAAAAAGAUGUGAAAGAUACUUCCAUAAGUGAACCAGAGGGGACUCUUGUUGAGAAGCCUCUUUUGGAAAGAGCUAAAGAGUUUUGGAGAUCAAAUUCUAUGGAACCACAAGCUGUGGAAUCUAAAGAACAGACUGUCAAAAAGUUAGCCCCCAUCAAAAGUUAUAAGACAAAUCAAGCAGCAUUUAAGAGUUUAGACCAACAGAUACCUAAUAAGUUAAAUUAUACCAAUAAUCAAAUGCUGUCAACAAAAUCUGCCCCAAAAGUAGCAGCUCCUCAAGAAAGGAUGAUUAUUAUUGAAAAUACAAGCAAGGGAAGAACAGAAAUGUCAUUUGUAAAACCUACAGCUUAUAGCAAAUUUAGUGAAAUACAGCAACCAAAACCUAUAAAAAGUCCAAAUGAAAACAUCAUUGAAAGUACAAUUAAACAGAAAACUGACCUACAAACUGCAGCUAAUGAAAAGCCUAAUGGACCACAGCAGACCAAACCAGUUCAAUUGUCAACAGCUUCAAAAGAAAGAGUAGUCAUUUUUGAGCAACCAAACAUGGAGAGAAAAGAUUUGCCAUUUCUGAAAUCUUCCAAGCGGACAUCUAGCCAAUAUGUUGCUUCUGCUAUAUUCAAGUAUACAGAACCUGUAAAAGAAAAACCUGUUCAAGCUUCAGAGGCCAAACUGGAAAUAAACUGUGAUAAUGGGAACACCACAACAAAAAACAGUGGACACUUUUUAGAAAAGAAGCCAAAAGUGGAAGCUAAAGCUAUGAAUAAGCAAGAAAUAAGUGUUGAUUUGAACAAAAAUGUUAACAAACAUAAUGGUCAACCAAUAAAUAGGAAUGUUCUCCAAAUAGAACCAACUACUAAAAACCAGUCUAUUGCUGUUAAAACAGAAACAUCAAUGUCUGAACAGAAUGGUUUCAGUGGAUCACAAAGUAUUUUAGGAAACACACAUGUAACUAAAAGGACAGAUAUUAAUACUCCUGCUCCAGCUGAUUCUUCCCGUUUACCUCGACCAACAUCUGGCCUGCCAUCGAAUGCUUUCUUAAGAGCUGUUAGAGAAAAAUCUGUUAAAAUAGAACAAGCCAAUUCAGGUGUCCCUUUAAAAGCCACUUCUUCCCCUGUAGUAACGCAUGAGAAGGAAAAAAAAUGUGAAAUUGAUAUUAUACCUUCAACAGUAAUAGAUGAACCAGAAAGUCCCAGCGGUAAUAAUAUUUUUGGACCUAAGGCAAGAUUGCGACCAGUUGUAUUUAAGCCUAUGCAGACGGACACCUCUCUUCAUAGUGCUCUGAUGGGAGCUAUUCAGUCUGGGGAAGGUAAAGAGAAGCUUAGGAAAAUUCAGAGCUCACCAACAGAUGGAGGCGAAAGGGUGUUUGUUGAGCCAGAGAAUGAAAGAUCUGCAUUGCUUUCAGCAAUUCGAGCUCAUAAUGGCAUGUCAAGACUGAAAAAAGUAUCUUCUGCUGCAUCCAAUGAACUCCAGACAUUAAGAAGUAAAGAAAUAUUGGAGAAAGAUAAUGAAGUUGUAGCAAUGAAAACAUCAAUUCUUCCCCCACCAACCUUCUCACCACCACCUCCGCCACCCCCCGUACUAAACACAGUAUCAAAAUCACCUCCAGUCUCUUUAAACACGUCAGUGGAUGCAAGAGAAGCUCUAAUGGAAGCCAUUCGUUCUGGUGCAGGUGCCAGAUUGAAAAAGAUUGACGAACAAAAGAAAAAACUGAAAUGGAAUUAGUGAGUAAUUGAAUGGCUUUGCUUAUGUGGUCUCUGCUUCAGUGCGUACAUUGUAGGACAUAAUAAUCGUAGAAAGCAGCUGUACCCAUCUGCGAUGCCCAGACAACGACACACUUGAGAAGUCCAGAACAGCAAGUCUGUCUUGAUUAUUUUGUCAACCGGCCAAAUUUUUUACUCAGUUUGCUGUUUCAAAAUAAUAGUUCAAAAAGGAAAAUAAUGUAUUGCUAUGCUGCACAAUAUAGGUGCCAAGGAAAUGUGUUUUGCUUUGAAAUGCAUUGAGAGAUUGCCAAUAAAAUAUUCAUGUUGGCAAGAUAAACCCCAGCAAUUAAACAAUACACCUUUUGCCGAAAGCAACGUUGUUAGAACUAUCUUCAUGUUUUCAGCAAGCUCUUGAAAUGAAUAAGAAGAUUAUAACUACAUAAUUCCUGAAUAUUUAAAGUUAAGAUUUAAAUGUGUAUUUAAUCAUUAAAUAACAUGUCUAAUUAAAAUGAAAAUGUUCAAGUGUGCAGUACCUAAAGUGUUCAACUGCCAACCUUAGUUAACAGCACAAUUGUAUACCAAACUUACUUUUAUGUAACUGAACAGAUCUCAAAAUUCUGAACUGUAAAGAAGAAAAUUCAAAUAUCUGUUUGGAUUUAUAAAUGUCGUAUGAAGAAGGCAUUCCCUUUGGACUUCAGUCUUAGUGAUAUUGUUGGUGUAUCACAAGACGCUCAAAAAUGUUUUAUAAACCAUCACUGUAUGUGACAAUUAGCUUUUGUUGAAAUGCUUUAUAAUGAAUAUUGUCCGGAAGUACAUACAUCUGCAGCCUUGCUUUUAUCCCUCUUAUUGCGGCUUUUAUUAGCUGAAAAUACACUUUUAUAUGCAGCCGCUGACAGUUAGAUAGGCG